AUGCCUUCCACUUCCACGCGAAGGGAGCGCAGUAAUCUGGGCAAAGGGUCGACUGGGUCUGAGUCUGCAAGCAAGCGACCACGUCGCGAAGUCACGAGUGAUAACAGCAACGCUAUUUUAUCGGGAACGGUGCUUCACAACAAGGCGGAUGCGCUGCUCUUACCGUGGCUGUUUGAGUGUCAUCGCGUACUUCGGGCGGCAACUCCGCCCUUCGCUGUCAGUGCGGGCUUUAUAAAGGAACUUCUCAGCCCCCGUUACUUGAAAAGCAGUCUUAACGGUGUGCAGCAACUGACAGGCUGCCUGUUGUCCGACAUUGUGAGACUGAGCAGCGGCCAUGCAUCCGGCGAGGAGAGGGCCAACAUGCUACCGUUUGACACGAACUAUGCCGAUGAUGUCUUGUGUUGUCUGACUUCUCCUUUUGGGCAGGUGGCCCGGGGCGAGGCGCCUUUGAAAACAUGCGAGCAAUUAAUUGAGCGGGCAAGCGCUUCACACAUUUUUGGAUAUUUAAUUCCGCACUGUCGCCAGCCGGUACAGGAGCGUCUAACAUGCGUGUUUGUGGGAGUUCAGCAGGCUGCUGCCGGAGCAUUCACAGGGAACGAGGCUCCAGCCACCAGUGACAAUACGAUCACCAUAGUAACUGCAGCGGAAAUGGGAAGGAUUCUUAUUGACAUCCUUAACGCAACACGAUCCAUCACAUCAGAUGAGCUUGCCCCACUACUCAAAGAGAUCACUGCUGCUUCACCUACUUUACUACGUCGUGCUGAAGCAAAUCGUAAAACUGGAAAUACUGUUGACAGCAAUCCACUUGCAAACGUGGCACGGAAAAAGACUCGUGCCCCUGGUGCCGUUAUUGCUGCUCGUGUAUUCUUGGAGAAACUGGAUGUGAUUCAUCCCGCCAUUGCCAGCUACGUUGUGGAGAUGGUUGAACAGGGCGUGGGCGAGGUGGCUGCGGCGGAAGUCACUGGCGACGAUGUGGAAAAAAAGCGUCAUGGGCUGCGUGGUGUUGGCCGGGCGAUGGAAUGUCUCGUGGCAUUAAUGGAACUGCACGUGGAUCUUGUCGGCCAACUUAUCCCAGGAAUUCUCCCAUACUUGGAGCAUGAAAUUACGGAUAUCCGCUUAUUGAUUUUGCGUGGUUUUUUCAUGGCUUUUGGCGCUCAUGAAGCUGCCAUCUCGACGUAUCGCUCGGCCUUUGUAACGCUUCUCUCACGCUUCAACGACCCCAAACAUACAUUGCGUAUUGAAAUGGUGCAGCUCGCAGCAAGUGCCAUUAGCGCCUCCACCCAUGUCUCAGCAAGUCUUGCGGAAGAGCGUGUUUGUGAGUUGCUUCCUUUUGUGGAGAUGCGCCUAGUGGAUCCCCAUGCACUGGUGCGUCGCGCGGCGGUAAUCGCCUACAGUGACGUCGUUUCGGCCGCUCCGUCGCUCGUCACUUCUGACAGAAUGGAGAAGUCUCUUGGACUGCGUGUCGCGGACAAAAAUCCCAAAGUUCGCCAAGCUGCGGUUGAGCGGCUUAGCAGCAUCUACCAGACACUGCUCUAUCCGUGGAUGCCGAAUGUGGUGAUGCAGUGUCUGAACGCCGAGGGGGGCGUGUCGCUGCUGGAGUCAAGUUUUGAAUCCAUGCUUCCUCCCCCGUCGAGGGUGAUGCCCAGCGAUGCGUCGUUCACUACUUUUAGUUCAUCGACAUCCACGGGUCGACGCUCCGCACAGGCAAGUAUGGCACUAUUUGACUUUGAGAAGGAGAGCGCAACACGAGAGCGCACCUACGUUGAUGGAUUUGCAAAAAUGUGUUCCCACCUGAACUUCAAGAGUUUUAACAAGUUGCUUACCUUUGCCGCAAAGAAGGCACAGCUACGGCUUACGAUCUUACGUCUCUUUCAAAUGCGUGCUGAGGUGCGGAACACGGAUCUAAAGUCCUUGGAGGGCCAGGAGAUGAUUAACAACAUUCAUCGACUUCUCAACUUUUUGCAGACCAUGACACACUCGGAAAAGGGAGAGUGGGAUGCUCUGUUUCGAUCCAAGGACGACAAGGUUUCCAAAGCGUUUCUGAGCUGCUGUGCCGAUAGACAUUUCCACUACGCAAAGGAGCGGGAGCUGCUUGUAAAGACCAUGAAGGGUCGUGUGGAGGGGCAUGUUUUUAGGUUUGUGCAGGAAAGUUUAUCUAGGCAGAUGAUGCUCCCAAUUGAGGUGGAGCACGUCAACGAGCUACUUGCACGUCUGCGUGAGGCCUUAAACGGUAUAUGCAACGACGCAAGGACAAAAGUGAGUGCGGAGAUGAGAUGUGAGGUGGAGGGUCUGCUUCGUGCAUUACUUGUGUUUGGGCAUACCGCUCCUUCGUUUCUUUCGCACUGUGCCGUGCCUCUUGUGGAUUUUUUGGAACUUGUGUGCCAAAGCAGCAACACGACAAUACCGACUUCGUGGGUGAUUCUUCUUUUGGAUUGCCUCACUGAGUGGGCCGGCUACGCAAAAACGACUGGUGUGGACAACAAGGAGCAUGACGGGGGCGGUGCAUCUGUCAAUAUGGUAUCCUCACGUAAGAAAGGCCUCUUCACAACGUUAGGUCGGUUAUGUGUUUGCGGCCACGAGCCACUUUUGCGUGACGCUACGCCUGAAAUGGUGGGGGCGGUGUGCAAGCAUGCCGCCCGCUGCUUUACAGCCUUGGUCGGCGUCAAUGGUGCGCAGGAGUCCAAGGCACUCAGCCAGUUGGUGAACUCCAUUUUUGCUCGCAUCCGUAGCACGACGACUCCAGCGACUUCUAGUGUCGUUGGAUGGCUGAAGGCAUUGACAGCCUUUGCGAAGAAUCGCACCGUAGCACCGCUUCUGCAGGACGAAUCACUGACGCGCAGCAUCACGGAACUCCUUCUUGCCGCGGUUCGUGACAAAACCGACGCGGAAGAUUUAGCCAAAGUCAAAGCAAAGCGAGCCGAUGUGCUUCCCAUGUCGCUUGCCGGGGCGGUUGUAGAUGCUGCGACAAAGUGUUUGACGGCAAUUGCGCGGUGCCAAUCCGCAGACGGUAUCGUGACUGCUGUGGCCCCGACGAUCAACAUCCUGCUGGCUGCUUACAAGGCUGCAAGCGAGCGGGAGUCAAACACUGUUGGGGCAUGCCGCCGUCGUAUCUCUAUUAAUCAGCAAUUGGCGAAACUGGUGAUUCGGCCAUCAUCUGAAAUUGCCAAGGAGCUUGCGGUGGCAGUGGUCCUUUCUGCCGAAGAAGAGAUGGUUGUGCGCCGUUCUGUGCAGAAGAAGAUGACAUUUCACAUCAUGCAUAACCAAUGCGAUAUGCGCUAUGUGGCUCUUUUGAUUCUUACCGUUGUGAGUGAGGAAACAAAAAGCGGAUACCAACACCUCCGACUUCUCCUUCAGCAGGUUGGGGACCACCUUCGUUCCAAACAAAGGUCUUCCGGCGCGACACUUUCGUCGCCUGAGGCCCUCACGUGCUUCCUUGAGUACACCAUUCCCUUUUUGGUCUUCUUCAUGGCCCAUCAUACCUUCUACAGCAGUGAAAAGGAGAACCACUUUGUUGCAUAUCAACGUGUUUGGCACCUUUUAUUUGAAGAACUAUACCGCCACGGUACACAAUGCGCAAGCUUUGUGGUGGAGCUUCUUGCCCGCAUCAAGCAGGCGGAUGAGGCGGUUGACAGGGAAAGUCAUGCGGCACGUCUGCUGUGCGACUUGGGUAGCCGCGUGAUGCAGGCGUGUCUGGGACAACGGCAGAUCAGUGCAGAGGCACUCAAGCGGUACCCAGGGCGGGUUCUGUUGCCGACCUUUUUUAUUCCCUCCAAGUCCGCCACAGAGGCUCUCAAUACCAUCUUUCUUGACGCAAAGGUGCAUAUCUUUCCGCACGCCCCGUUCCGCGCGCCAACGGCAGCGGCUACCGGAGGAGGAGGGGGAAUGGCAGGCGAUAAGACGCCUUCUUUGGCUCGUGUUGCGGAAGCAGACGUUGGUGAUGAUAAUCUUGUACUCACUGCAGCAAAAGCAAAGUUUGAUUUGCCUCCUAAUGUGCGGCAGCGCAUCGAUAGGGCGCUAGAUGCGUUCAUAGGCUCCAUGACGCAAGAAGAGAUCGUGAAGGUGCUGUGGUCAGAAGUGAAGCAACGUCUAAGGGAGGCGAUGGUCGGUGGAGAUGACAAUGGCGAUAGCAACGACGACGAAGACGAUGUGGACGAGGCAAACGUCAUGGAGUACGCUAAGGAGCAGCUGAGGCAGAUUUACGAGAGAGCCCCACCGCAGUGA